AUGGAUGUUAGUCAAUUGCCCGAUUUCAAGAUCUUACCAUCUGACCUUGAAUACUAUAAUCCCUACAAUGGAAAGGCCACGGCGUCUGAGAAGGAUUCCAUCAGCCUUAAGACCACAUCCUCAUGGACCUACUGUGGACCCCUCUUGAGUCUCGACCCAGAACUUUUACCGUCAUCCUUCAGAACCUGGGCUGAUGCUACGAUCAACGGAUCACUACUUGAUCCUCUACUCUCCUUCCUGGAAUUCGUUCACGACUUCCUAUCAACAAACAACCUAUCCAACUACUGGAUCACUGUCCGCGCCGACACGGGCAAUCACGACUUCGAUAUUCCAAGAUGGCACACAGACGACCUAUUCUUCUCAUCUCCACCAACAAUCCCACAACACCGUCGCCGUUCCUCACUAAAUAUAUUCCCCAAUAUCACUCGCACCAGGAAACAAUCCACUCCACAACGACGCCAAAGUGAAGACCUCACCCAUUUACUAGAGGAUUUCCCAGCCCCACCUGCCCAAAUAACAUCCGCAACACCCAACCCCACAAACUGGAAACUCACCACAACCCUCCUAGGCCCCGGAACCCUGUUCAUAAACCCAGAAUCUAGUCCCGUGGCCCGCGAAAUCGAACGCAAGGUCAAGCGCUCCGUGCGGGCCGAGAACCCACAUCACAUUUGCGCGUCUGUGCGUUGUAUUGGGUGCGCCACGGCUGCGGAGUCGGUGAGGACCCGGCUUAUAACUGAGUUAGAAAGCUACCAGGUUGUGCAGGCUCAGCCGGGGGAGUAUGUGUUUUUCCGGGUUGGGGAUGAAGUUGGAGCGGUGCAUUCGGAGCCUAUGUCUAAUGGGGAUCGGAUCUUUGUUAAUGUUGUUCCUGGGAACGAGGCGGAUUUGAAGAGUCUUAUGGCUAAGUGGGGGAUGGAGUAUCCGCGGGCUUGGUGUGUGGGUUUGCCGUUUCAGACGGCUGGGGAGGUGCAUUGGAGGAACAUUGAUGGGUUUUGA